AUGAUAGUUCAACUGAUUUGUACUAUAAUUUCUGCGAUCCUAAAUUCAACUUUGAUAGUUUUAAUAUGGACCAGAUCCCCUCCACAGACAGGAAAAUACAGAUGGUUAAUGACAUUUACCGCUGUUUUCGAAAUAUUUUGGGGUGCAUUUGAUCUUCCAUCAGAAAUCAUUGCUCAUUCGGCUGGAUGUGCAUUUAUUGCUUUUCGUGUUGAUUAUCCAGAUUCAGUUCUUCAACCAUAUCAUUCUGGAUAGAUGCUGAUGAUUUACUGUGCAAUUUUUGGAGCAUCAAUGGCAAUUUUUGCUUCACAUUUUUUGUAUAGAUUCGGAUCAAUUGAAAUAAAAUUCGGAAAAAAGUUCACAACCGGUUGGAAAUUCAGCCUUUUAUUCUUGUUUCCCCUGAUGUAUGGUAUCUGGUGGUGGAAAAAUCCCGAUAUGGAUGAAUAUAUGAGAGACUUGAUCAUGAGAACAGUUGGGCAACCAUUUGAAAGAAUUACUUAUUUUGGUGCAAAAUUUUAUAAUUACGACGAGGAAGGAAGAAUGUCAUUGAACAAAAAUGCUUGGAUUGGACUUUGUCAAACUUCAUUUAUGGUGAGCAGCUCUUUGGCAUGUGUGUUCGGUUUCGGAACAUUGUGCUAUCGGCGUCUUUCGGAUACGUUAUCAAUUGUUUCAAAUGCCCCAAAUAAUCUUCAAAAGCAACUGUUCUAUGCAUUAUGCUUCCAAACUCUUAUCCCUUUAGUUCUAAUGCACUUUCCCAUCACCAUUUUCUUCCUCGGUCCAAUGCUUACUCUUGAUACUGAUUUUACCACAACGAUUGCAUUCCAUACAAUUAUAAUUUAUCCAGCUGUUGAUCCACUUCCAAACUUUGUUAUCAUCAAAAACUAUCGCGAAGCUGUGUUGAAUAUGUUCCGUUGGAUGUUCUGCGGAAGACAAGCAAAUUCUCAAAACCCGCACGGUGUUGUUUCCAUUAAUAGUUUGAAUAUUCAUACAACAACUUUGUGA